AUGAUUGCCAAAUCCCGGGGAGAAGAAGAGGAUGUUGGGAACCUCAAGAAGCUGUUCAAAAGAUUAAGAAAGUUCCAGUUGAAGCUUAACCCAGCCAAAUGUACGUUUGGGGCUACAUCGGGAAAACUACUAGGUUUUAUUGUCAGCGAUAGGGUAUUGAGUUCGAAGGCUCAGACAAUACAUGUUGUAUCAUACAACAUGGUUAAUUUCAAAGCUAGAUCCAUUAAAGUACUUGAUGGAAUCACCCGCACUCUCCGAGAGAAUGGCACAUGGCAGAUCCUAUUGUCUGAAUAUGACAUUGUGUAUGUGAGCCAAAAGUCGAUAAAGGGAAGAGCGAUAGCUGACUUCUUGGCAAGUCGAGCAAUGGAAGAAUAUGAGUCGUUGAGAUUCGAUUUCCCAGAUAAAGACUUGAUGUGCAUUUCUGAAGGUGAAUCAUCAAAAGACCAAUCAUGGAAGAUGAGUUUCGAUGGUGCAUCAAACACGUUGGGGCACGGGAUAGGAGCAGUUUUAUUGUCACAGGAAGGAAACCAUUACCCGCUCACUGCCAGAUUGAAUUUCUUCUGUACCAAUAAUAUAGCAGAAUAUGAAGCUUGCAUCAUGGGACUUCGUGCAGCUAUUGAAUGGAAAAUAGAAAUCUUAGAGUUGGUUAACGCUCUGACCACAUUGGCUUCAAUAUUCAAAGCAAAUAGAGAAACUGAAAUAAUACCUCUCCAAAUGAGCAUAUAUGAGGUCCUUGCACACUGUUUUAGCAUUGAGAAGGAGUCAGAUGGACGACCGUGGUUUCAUGACAUCUUGGAAUAUAUUAAGAAUCAAAGGUAUCCUAAGCAAGUAAUCGAGAAUAACAAGAGAACAAUCAGGAGAAUAGUUGUUGGGUUUGUCAUUGACGGGGAUAUCCUAUACAAAAGAGGAAUGAAUCAAAUGCUCCUGAGAUGCAUGGACGCUAUUGAAGCCAGAAAGAUACUUGAAGAGAUCCAUGAAGGAAUUUGUAAAACGCAUGCCAAUGGUUUCACUAUGGCUAGGCAAAUUAUGAGACUCGGGCUAAUUUCCCCGAAGGCUUCCAAUGGACAUCGAUUUGUUUCUGUGGUUAUUGAUUACUUUACAAAAUGGGUAGAAGCCACUUCGUUUGCUAAUGUGACGAAGACCGCAAUAAAGCAUCAAAAUUCCUCACCUUACCUCUCGAAAAUGAACGGAGUUGUUGAAGCGGCCAACAAAAACAUUAAGAGAAUUAUCGAGAAGAUGACUGAGACAUAUAAAGAUUGGCACAAGAAGCUACCAUUCGCUUUGUAUGCAUACCGCACCUCUGUGCGGACAUCUACGGGAGCAACUCCUUUCUCCCUGAUCUACAGGAUGGAAGCCGUUUUGCCUAUCGAAGUAGAGAUCCCAUCCCUGUAA